CCGUAGCAAAUCUUAUGUUUCCUUUGUAACGUUACAUUUUAACGUAACGGUUAGGAUUGACACUACAUAACGUUACAUCUUUCGUACCACAUUCGUGAUAACCGAUUGCAAGAGGUACAAAAACGUAACAAUAUUGAUCACGAGGUUCGUUACGUUACAAGUUACUGUACAGAAACGGUGAAGAGAACGAAAUAUUUUGGUACUGAACAAAUUUGUAACGUAACAGCGUUACGUUAAGUUACGGCGCCCUGGGUCUGGGCCUGUCGGCGGCAGAGCAGAGGUGCCCCUUGGCCGCCACAAGUCCCUCAGCAUGGAGCGCUUCGCGGGCCGCGUGGCCGUGGUGACGGGCGCCAGCAGCGGCAUCGGCGCGCAGCUCGCCGAGGACCUGGUGCGCGCCGGCAUGGUGGUGGUGGGCGUGGCGCGGCGCCUGGAGCGGAUGCAGGCGCUGGCCGCCGCGCUGGCCGGGCUCCGCGGCCGCCUGGAGCCGCUCCAGGCCGACCUCUCCUGCGCGGACGAGCUGCGCCGCGUCUUCACGUGGGUGGACGACAACCUGGGCGGCAUCUCCGUCCUGGUCAACAACGCUGCCGUAGCGACGCAGGUGGCUAUCCAGGGUGAGUACUCAACCUCAACCCUUGACGGGGGCCAUUUUGACCUUAAGCUCGCAAUCCCGGGGCUGAGGGUCUGA